AUUCAAAGACGUUGUUGUUGGUGGAACAGCCCAGCGCGGGAAUUGGGAUACAAAUGUCGAUGAAAGAGAAACACAAGCUAUUCUGGAUAGGGUCGCUGAAUUUGAACCAACAAUUAAGGUAUUUGUUUGGACUAUGCGAUCAUGGUACACCUAUAAGAGGUACUCUAGACCAUCUCGCUAAUAUGGACACCUCUCUAAUAUGGACAUCUCUCUCAAAUAUGGACACCUCUCUAAUAUGGACACCUCUCUAAUAUGGACAUCUCUCUAAUAUGGACACCUCUCUAAUAUGGAUAUCUCUCUAAUAUGGACACCUCUUUAAAUACAGACAUCUAUCUAAGACAGACAUCUCUCUAAUAUGGACACCUCUCUAAUAUGGAUACCUCUCUUAUAUAGGACACUUGUUUAUGACAGCCACCUAUCUAAUAUGGACGCGUCUCAAAUUUGGACACUUCUUUAUGACAUACACCUCGCUAAUAUGGACACCUCUCUAAUAUAGACAGCUCUCUAAUAUGGACACCUCUCUAAGAUAGCCACCUCUCUAAUAUGGAUACCUCUCUAACAUAGACAGCUCUCUAAGAUAGACACUUCUCUAAGAUAGACACUUCUCUAAGACAAAUCCCUCUUUAAAACUCUAUGAUGUAUUCUAUUUUCUUAGAAAGGUACCAUUAUUGAUCAGUGGGUAGGCUUGAGACCAGUACGAGAUUCCGUCCGUUUGGAAAAAGAAGUCAUGGAUGUAAAGACACAAUACGGCUCGAAACUAAAGUUACAGGUACAUAGUAUUACGUAUUUCUAACCACACAAAACCAGUUUUACCGUAGUAAGAAUAUGGGUCUCCUCCGAUUCUUUUGUUCUCCGAGGGAAUAUACCGUACGGCUCGUAAAUUGCUUUUCAGGUAGUUCAGACACAAACGACGACAGCUUAUUCACCCCCCUCACGCAAGAUUUAUUCUUUUGUAGGUUGUUCAUAAUUAUGGCCACGGAGGUGCGGGCUUGAGCCUGUUUUGGGGCUGUGCUGAAGAAACCAAAGACCUGGUGCUUACUACUCUAUUGCAUAGUGGCUUGUGA